CCUCUCCCCUCCCUCCCUCCGUGUGUGCCUGUGGGGUGGGUUCAAACUUCUGGCCACAAUCUGACCUUUUCCUCCCUUCCCUUCCCCUCCCCUUUGUUUUUUCGUUGAAAAAAGGGGGAAAACGUGUCCUUUUUGACCCGACCCCUCGUGUUUUUUCCUCUCUCUCCAAGGUCUAGAUUGUAGACACAGAAAGAAAAAUGAAAGUCGAUAGAACAAAGUUGAAGAAAACUCCGACUGAAGCGCCUGCGGAUUGCCGAGCUCUGAUCGAUAAGCUGAAAGCCUGCAACGAUGAACAGCUCCUGACGGAACUUCAGCAGAUCAAGACAUGGAAUAUUGGAAAGUGCGAGCUGUACCACUGGGUGGACAUGCUGGAUCGCUUCGAUGGCAUCUUGGCGGAUGCUGGGCAGACGGUGGAGACCAUGUCGUGGAUGUUGGUGUGCGACAGGCCCGAGAACGAGCAGCUCAAAGCCCUCCUGCUGGCUGUCUUGAACUUCACAGCCCUGCUCAUCGAGUACAGCUUCUCCCGCCACCUGUACAGUUCCAUCGAACACCUGACCACGUUAUUAGCAUCAUGUGACAUGCAAGUGGUGCUGGCUGUGUUAAACCUGCUGUACGUAUUCAGCAAAAGAUCAAAUUAUAUCACAAGGCUGGGGUCUGAUAAAAGGACUCCGCUGUUGUCAAGACUGCAGCACCUGGCAGAAAGUUGGGGCGGAAAGGAGAAUGGAUUUGGCCUUGCAGAGUGCUGCCGUAACCUGCAGAUGUCGAAGUACCCACCUAGUGCAACAACACUACACUUUGAGUUCUAUGCAGAGCCAAGUGCGGAGGUGAAGUUGGACAAAAAGGCCACAACAAACAACACACUACAUUACAUCCACAUAGAGCAGUUAGAUAAGAUCUCCGAAAGCCCGUCUGAAAUUAUGGAGUCUCUAACCAAAAUGUACAGUAUUCCAAAGGACAAGCAGAUGCUACUGUUUACACAUAUACGACUCGCUCACGGAUUCUCGAACCACAAGAAGCGGCUGCAAGCAGUACAAGCUAGGUUGCACGCCAUCUCGAUAUUAGUCUACUCCAACGCACUCCAAGAAUCUGCCAACAGCAUCCUGUACAACGGAUUGAUCGAGGAGCUUGUGGACGUCCUACAGAUUCCCGACAAACAACUCAUGGACAUUAAAGCCGCAUCGUUGCGGACGUUGACGUCGAUCGUUCACCUGGAGCGGACCCCCAAGCUGAGCAGCAUCAUCGACUGCACCGGGACAGCGUCCUACCACGGUUUCUUACCCGUCUUGGUGAGAAACUGCAUCCAGGCCAUGAUCGAUCCAUCCAUGGAACCGUACCCUCACCAGUUUGCCACGGCGCUCUUCUCCUUCCUCUACCACCUCGCCAGCUACGACGCGGGCGGAGAAGCCUUGGUCUCCUGCGGAAUGAUGGAAGCUUUGCUCAAGGUAAUCAAGUAUCUCGGAGAUGAGCAGGACCAGAUCACCUUUGUGACCCGUGCUGUCCGAGUGGUCGACCUCAUCACCAACCUGGACAUGGCCGCUUUCCAGUCGCACAGCGGGCUGGCUGUCUUCAUCAACCGGCUGGAGCACGAAGUGGACAUUUGCAGGAAAGAGUGCCCUUUUGUCAUCAAGCCAAAGAUCCAGCGCUCCAGCGUAGCCCAGGAGGGAGAGGAGAUGGAGACUGACUCUGAAGUUUCAGACAUUGCGAUGGAGAGCAGUCCCGGUCCGUCUACUUCAACCAGUGAACCCAGGCCCGACGGAGGAGAAUCACGAGGACCAAACACUGUCAUGAGUUACCCACCAAGAACCGGGGUCCAGUGCAUUCCUCAGCGCGCAGCGCUAUUGAAAUCUAUGCUGAACUUCCUGAAGAAGGCCAUUCAAGAUCCAGCCUUCUCGGACAGCAUUCGACAUGUCAUGGAUGGUUCCUUGCCUACCUCACUGAAACACAUCAUCAGCAAUGCAGAGUAUUACGGGCCAUCGCUCUUCCUGCUCGCUACAGAGGUGGUGACGGUGUUUGUGUUCCAAGAGCCGUCGCUGUUGUCUUCCCUCCAGGAUAACGGGCUGACGGACGUCAUGCUCCACGCCCUGCUGAUCAAAGACGUGCCUGCGACCCGCGAAGUCCUGGGCUCCCUGCCAAACGUUUUCAGCGCACUGUGCCUGAACGCCCGCGGGCUACAAUCCUUCGUGCAAUGCCAGCCCUUCGAGCGGCUCUUCAAGGUGCUCCUAUCUCCCGAUUACCUGCCCGCCAUGAGAAGGCGACGUAGCUCCGAUCCCUUAGGUGAUACAGCGUCGAACCUUGGCAGUGCUGUGGACGAACUAAUGAGACACCAACCAACUCUGAAGACCGAUGCCACGACAGCGAUCAUAAAGCUGCUGGAGGAGAUCUGCAACCUGGGCCGAGACCCGAAGUACAUCUGCCAGAAGCCGUCGAUCCAGAAGGCAGACGGGACGGCCAGCGCCCCGCCGGCCAGGUCGAGCCACGCGGCUGAGGAAGCCUCCAGCGAGGACGAGGAGGAGGAGGAGGUCCAGGCCAUGCAGAGCUUCAGCAGCAGCAUGGCCGCCCAGCAGAGCGACCCCGAGCCCAGCCAACAGGUGGUCGGGACGGAGGAGAGAAUACCCAUCCCUCUCAUGGAUUACAUCCUGAACGUGAUGAAGUUCGUGGAGUCGAUCCUGAGCAACAACACCACGGACGACCAUUGCCAAGAGUUUGUGACACAGAAGGGGUUGCAGCCACUGGUCUGCAUCCUGGGACUUCCGAACCUUCCCAUCGACUUCCCCACAUCAGCUGCCUGCCAGGCUGUGGCGGGAGUUUGCAAGUCCAUUCUGACGCUGUCCCACGAGCUGAAGAUGCUGCAGGAAGGCCUGAUCCAGCUGGACACCAUCUUGUCGUCGCUGGAGCCUCUCCACCGGCCCAUCGACACCCCCGGCGGCUCGGUGCUUCUGCGGGAGCUGGCCAACGCCGGCAACGUGGCGGACGCCACGCUCUCCGCCCAGGCCACGCCACUGCUGCACGCCCUCACCGCCGCCCACGCCUACAUCAUGAUGUUCGUGCACACCUGCCGAGUCGGACAGAGUGAAAUCCGUUCGAUAUCCGUGAACCAGUGGGGCUCGCAGCUAGGCCUGAACGUCCUGAACAAGCUCAGCCAGCUCUACUGCUCCCUAGUGUGGGAGAGCACCGUUCUGCUGUCUCUCUGCACCCCAAACAGUCUGCCCUCAGGCUGCGAGUUUGGCCAGGCCGACAUGCAGAAGCUGGUGCCGAAGGAGGAGAAGCCCGCAGCCGCUGCCACGCCGGGCUCGACGUCGGGAGGGAAGAGAUCAGAAGCGGAGAUGGAUGCGACGGCUGGCGGUGUGGAGACGUCAGCCCAGGGCCUGCUGGAGGGGAUUAACCUGGACGGGGACACACUGGCCCCCAUGGAGACUGAUGAACCCGGCACCUCCGACCCCAAGGGCAAGUCCAAGAUCACCCCAGCCAUGGCGGCGAGGAUCAAGCAGAUCAAGCCCUUGCUCUCAGCAUCCUCGAGACUCGGCAGGGCGCUGGCCGAACUCUUCGGCCUGCUGGUCAAGCUGUGCGUGGGAUCGCCGGUGCGGCAACGACGGAGCCACCACCCGGCCAACACCACCACCGCCCCCACGCCGGCGGCGCGGGGGACCGCCUCCGCUCUCACCAAGCUGCUCACCAAAGGGUUGUCGUGGCAACCGCCCCCCUACACGCCCACUCCCCGAUUCAGGUUGACUUUCUUCAUCUGCUCGGUGGGAUUCACGUCGCCCAUGUUGUUUGACGAGAGGAAGUAUCCGUACCACCUGAUGCUGCAGAAGUUCCUGUGUUCUGGAGGCCACGAUGCCCUGUUCGAGACCUUCAACUGGGCGCUGUCGAUGGGAGGCAAGGUGUCGGUCACCGAAGGCCUGGAGCACAUGGAGCUGCCGGACGGCACGGGGGAGUUCCUCGACGCCUGGCUCAUGCUGGUGGAGAAGAUGGUGAACCCGACCACCGUGCUGGAGUCCCCGCACUCCCUGCCCGCCAAGCCCCUCGGCGGGCAAAACUUCCCGCAGUUCAGCGCGCUGCGCUUCCUGGUGGUCACUCAGAAGGCCGCCUUCAACUGCAUCAGGAACCUGUGGAACCGCAAGCCCCUGAAGGUGUACGGCGGGCGGAUGGCGGAGUCCAUGCUCGCCAUCCUGUGCCACAUCCUGCGCGGCGAGCCGGUGAUCCGCGAACGCCUCUCCAAGGAGAAGGAAGGCAGUCGGACGGAGGAGGAAGGGCCGCAGGAGGAGGGGGCGGCUCCACGGAGAGAGCCCCAGGUCAACCAGCAGCAGCUCCAGCAGCUGAUGGACAUGGGCUUCACGCGCGAACACGCGAUGGAGGCCCUGCUGAACACAAGCACGAUGGAGCAGGCCACAGAGUACCUAUUGACGCACCCUCCUCCGCUCCUGGGCGGGGCGGUACGCGUGCGGCAGGAGCUGAGCAUGUCUGAGGAAGACCAAAUGAUGAGGGCGAUUGCCAUGUCUCUGGGCCAGGAUAUCCCAAUGGAUCAGAGCACCGAAUCUCCAGAGGAGGCAGCCCGCCGCAAGGAGGACGAGGAGCGCAAGGCCCGGGAGAAGCAGGAGGAGGAGGAGGUGAAGAGCCUGGAGAGGUACCAGGACGCCGAGCCGCUGGAGCCCGACGAGCUGAACGCCUUCACGGAGAAGAUGCUGCCGGGCUGCUUCCACCUGCUGGACGAGCUGCCCGACACCGUGUACCGCGUCUGCGACCUGAUCAUGACGGCCGUCAAACGCAACGGCGCCGACUAUCGAGACCUGAUUCUCAAGCAGGUGGUGGAGCAGGUUUGGGAAGCUGCCAAUGUGCUGAUCAAGGCGGCCCUCCCGUUGACCACCAGCGACACCAAGACAGUGGCGGAGUGGACGAGCCAGAUGGCCACGCUGCCGCAAGCUUCCAACCUCGCCACGCGGAUCCUGCUGCUCACCCUGCUGUUUGAGGAGCUCAAGUUGACCUGUGCCAGGAUUGUGGAGACCAGCGGUAUCCUGGAUGUCUUGAUUAAAUUGCUGGAGGUGGCCCAACCUUGCCUUCAGGCUGCCAAGGAACAGAAAGAAGUGCACACCCCCAAGUGGAUUACUCCUGUGCUGCUGCUGAUCGACUUCUACGAGAAGAUGUCCGUGUCUUCCAAGAGGAGGUCGCAGAUGAACAAGUUCCUGCAACAGACCGGGAACAACUGGCGCUGGUUCGACGAUCGGUCCGGCCGAUGGUGCAGUUACAGCGCCAGCAACAACAGCACCAUCGACGCUGCAUGGAGGAUGGGCGAGACCAGCGUGCGGUUCACCGCCGGACGCAGGCGUUACACCGUGCAGUUCAACACCAUGGUGCAGGUGAACGAGGAGACUGGGAACAGGCGGCCGGUCAUGCUGACCCUGCAGCGCCUGCCGCGUAAGGAGGCCAUCUCCAAAAGCAGCAGCUCGCAGUUUGUCCAGGACCUGGAGAAGACGCUGGAGGAGGCGAAAGAACCCGAGGCCAAGCCCGCCGAGGAGAAGCCCAACGAGGUGGAGCCGUUGGCCGAGGUGGCGGUGGAAAAGGAGCCGCGGGAGGAGGUGAAGACCAGCGACAUUGUCAUCCAGGGGCUGACCGAGGAGCAGAUGACGGUGCUGAUCCGCUCCUGCGUCAGCAUGGUCAGCGUGCCCGUCGACCCCGACACCCUGCACGCCACCCUGCGCCUCUGCCUGCGCCUCACCCGCGAGCACAAGUGCGCCCUGAUGUUCGCCGAGCUGGGCAGCACCCGCAUGAUCCUGAGCCUGACCCAGGGCUCCGGAUUCAACGGCUUCACGCCGCUCGUCACCCUACUCUUCCGACACGUCAUCGAGGACCCCUGCACCCUCAAGCACACCAUGGAGAAGGUGGUACGUUCGGCAGCCACCAGCGGGGCAGGCAGCACGACCUCUGGCGUGGUAUCUGGGAGCCUGGGAUCCAGAGAGAUCAACUACAUCCUGCGGGUGCUGGGACCAGCCGCCUGCAGAAAUCCCGACACCUUCACAGACGUGGCAAAGAACUGCAUCAGGAUCGCCCUCCCUGCUCCCCGGGGAAACGGCACUGCAUCUGGAUAUGUCCAUGACUAUACGAUCAUUAACUAG